UUUCAAUCUCAUUUAGUAAAAUAAUUACUUUAUGGAUUUUGAGUAUUUUGAAAAGCAAGACGAUGAUGAUGAUGAUGAUAUGAAUGUAUAAUUCGAUGAAGAAGAUAUCUAAUACAAUAUAGAGGAUUCAAAGAAACCAAUCGAGAAAGAAUUGGAUGAUUCUGAAAUUUCAUAAAUAGAAAUGAAAAUCAAUAAGAUGAAGGAAGAGGAAUAGUAUUUCGAUCAAGAUUCAGAUGAUGAGACUAGGAAGAAAUUGAACAAAGCAAAAGUGUGGAAACGACAUUUCGGAAACUACACUCCUUUAAUUUUCAUUAAUGAUGAACCUAUAUUUGCUAUUAGUCCAUAAUGGAUAAUCAAUUUGCUUGUGAUAAUUGCACUGCUUGUCAUAACGUAUUUCCAGUUUACGAAAAGAAAACAAAAAACCAUUUAAUUUUGCAUUACAAUCAUAAUCAAUGUUUUAGAACUUCUAGGGUAUGUGAUUGCAGCUCUUAUCAAUCCAGGAAUUAACACUUCCCUUCAGGAGACUCUCAAUAAACAUAAUAAUUGUUAGGUAUUUUUAGUCUCUAUAUUCCAGAUUUGUGAAAUAGUUCAUUAUCGAAAAGACACUUAUCAUUGUGAGACUUGCAAUGUAUGCAUAAGAGAGUUCCAUCAUCACAGCAACUUUUUAGGAAGAUGUAUUGGACAAGGCAAUUUAUUCUAUUACUACCUCAGUAUCCUAUUCUUGCCUUUGUUUCUAAUCAAUCUAAUAGUAUUAUAUGUGUUUUGA